CGGCGGGGGGGGGGGGCAUGUGAAGAGACCCCGGUGUGUUUCGGUGAGUCUGCCCAUAGAUGGCACUGUUUGCUCGUGUGAAAGACAAAGUUACAGCGUGUUAUUACUGUAAGGCAGGGGGGGAGAAUCACUCAUAUCCUCACAGCCUGUGCCCUGUGGGUAUGAACAUUUCUUUUUUCUGUUCUUGAACACAGCUGAGAAGUUUAUUUUGAUCUGCAUUUCGCGUACAUGCCGACAUUGGAGAGGUCAAAAGAAUUGGCCCGUUGAUGGGAAUGUUUUUAAACAUGGGACAUGAAGUUUAAUAAAGUGUUUAUAAUGGGAGUUCCUCAUGCAUUAUUCAACAGACACGUUGUUAAAAUAUAGAGUCGAGAACAGUGGUGACUGCUGGGGGUUGCUGGGUGAAGUCGAGUCACAUGUGGAAGUGUUCCAGGCACAGACACAUUCUAAACUCCGCCCUGCAGCCUGACAUGACCGACUUAUUUCAAGAUCCAACAGCGGCUUUCUGUUUUUUCAGGUCCGGGUGGAGGGUCACAGCAGGCGCUGCUCCACGUGUCCAGUCGGUAAACUGGUCCUGAUCGGGACCACAGUCCUUCUUGUGCUCACCUGUAACUGGAGAUGAUUUCAAAUGCCCGGGCUUUAGGCGAAAGCUCGACUACUGGACUCAAACACUUUCAACCCGGGGAGGAAACGGGAUCAUACACGAUGGAUCCGAGAGUUCCGCGUCCGCUGGUUGCGUAUCGCUUCAUGUGAUUUGGAUUUGACACAUAUGACAAGGUUGAGUCUGAACUUCUCCGUUGAGCCGCAAACAUGAAGUCGUAGGCCGAAGUUCGCCCUCAACGUGACACCUCCGGGGAGCGUUGGCUGAAUGAAACGGGCCGAGCUUCUGCCUCGCUCACUUUUCAGUUCGCCUCACUCCAAUGUGAACGUUACACUCUAUGCUCCGCGAGUAGUUGGGAAGAAAGUAGUUUUAAUAUGGGCGAGAAACAAGCUCUGGAGGACGCCGCAUUUCGCGAGGGUCAGACCAAAGCGGACGCAGAGAACAAUGUUCCGCCGGAGCCGUGGGACCCCCGCGACCCGGAGGACGGCCGCGACGCGCCGCGCGCCACGCGCCUCUACAGGCGCCGCUGGAUGAUCGUGCUCCUGUUCAGCUCCUACUCGCUGUGCAACUCCUUCCAGUGGAUCCAGUACGGCAUCAUCAGCAACAUCUUCACCAAGUUCUACAGCGUGGACGCCUUCACCAUCGACUGGAUGUCCAUGAUCUACAUGCUGACAUACAUCCCCUGCAUCUUCCCGGUGACCUGGCUGCUGGAGAGGCGGGGGCUCCGCGUCGUGGCGCUGGCGGCCACCGCGCUCAACUGUGCCGGCACGUGGAUCAAAGUGGCCAGCUGCAGACCCGACCUGUUCGCCGUCACCUUCCUGGGACAGUUCUGCUGCUCGCUGGCGCAGGUGUUCAUCCUCGGCAUGCCGUCGAGGAUCGCGUCCGUGUGGUUCGGCUCGGAGGAGGUGUCCACCGCCUGCUCCAUCGGAGUCUUCGGGAACCAGCUGGGCAUCGCCAUCGGGUUCCUUGUGCCUCCUAUUCUGGUGCCUAACGUGGAUGACCUGGAUGAGCUGGCUCACCACAUCAGCGUUAUGUUCUACAUCACAGCAGGAGUGGCCACCUUACUCUUUAUCCUCGUGGUCUUUGUCUUCCAGGAGCGUCCCGAACUUCCUCCAACUCAGGCCCAGGCCACGGCUCGUAGCAUCCCGCCGGAGCAGUACUCCUACACCGCCUCCAUCCUCAGACUGCUACGCAACAGGCCCUUCAUCUUCCUCAUCGUCACUUACGGUCUGAACGUGGGUUGCUUCUAUGCUGUUGGCACGCUGCUGAACCGCAUGAUCAUCGACCAUUACCCUGGAGAGGAGGUGAAUGCCGGGAGGAUCGGCCUCACCAUUAUCAUCGCAGGGAUGGUCGGCUCUCUGAUCUGUGGCAUUUGGUUGGACAGGACCAAAACCUACAAGCAGACUACCCUCGCAGUCUACUCCAUGUCUCUGGUGGGGAUGAUCAUCUACGCUGCCACACUCAAUCUGGGACACCUCUGGGUGGUCUUCAUCACCGCUGGAGCUCUCGGGUUCUUCAUGACAGGCUACCUGCCGCUGGGCUUUGAGUUCGCAGUCGAGCUGACGUACCCAGAGUCCGAGGGAACCUCGUCUGGACUCCUCAACUGUUCGGCACAGGUGUUUGGCAUUAUAUUUACCAUCUGCCAGGGGAAGAUCAUCGACCGCUUCGGCACACUGGCAGGGAACAUCUUCCUCUGCGUCUUUCUUCUAAUUGGCACCAUAAUGACCGGCUUAAUCAAGUCUGACCUGCGGAGACAGAAAGCGAACCUAAUGGCCAAAGAAACAGAGGAGAGGCAGACGUCGGGACAGGACUACGGAGCCACGGCGUUAAUCUCCCAGCAGCAGACUCCUCCUCCUUCUCAAACCUGAUCAAUAAACCUUUCUGCUUUCUACAAAAAAACCCCCAAACAAAAUCUCUACAAAUCAUAGCUCAACACGCAGACGCACAAAGGGACCUUCUGACGGCCAUGACGGGAGCCUGGCUGCAACUUCUAUCAUCAGUGAAGCCCAGUUUUAGAAACAUACACACACACACACACACACACACAUACACACAGACACACACACACGCGCACACGCACGCACACACACAAAUAUUUUGAAAAAUGACAAUGAUCUUCCUGUUGCAGUGUAACAUACUUACAUAGAACAACACAACCAGGAAGGCACUUCCCUUCUAAGAAGAGUUAGAUGUGUAAUGUAUUAAUUAUAUUUUUUUAAACUGAAUUAAAUCUGUUGUUUGAUGCAAAAUUCAGAGCAUUUUUUUUUUAAUAUUAAGUGUAAAUUAAAAGUUCACACUAAAUCUGCAAAAGGACAAAUCUGUGAAAUGUUUGUACCUGUCAGUAUUUGUAAGCGUGCAGUUGAUCAUUUGCUUACUUUAAUGAACUGACACUUUAUCCACAUUUUAUGAAUGAUUUUUGUAGAAAUUCUUUGAGACAAAUAAGUUUUACAAAACAUACUAUUGUCUUGCUUUCUGAUCAAUGUCAGUCCACAGGGAGUUAAUACUGAUGCUGCAUGUUUGUGUAAUGUUUCUCAUCUUGUUCAUGUUUAUUUUUUUAACAUGAGAUAAAGCUGUUUUAUGACGUU